AUGGCUUCGCCUUUGCCGCGUCCUGCGGGAGCUGGUGAGCAAGUCGGCGUCUCGACCCGGAACUGUGCAUUCCCGCUUCCGGUGUCCAUGCCGCAUCCAUCGCACCUUCCUGCAGGAUAUCCCGUGCGAACCGCGCUCCCGGCAAAAUCACCGUACCACAAUCCCGCAGCUGCCAUUCCCUUCGGCUGCGCGCCGCAACCUAUCGUGCACGUCCGGGUGACGCCAGCUCCAAACCGGCAAGUUGGUGGGCCGCAGAGAGUGACGUCAACUCGAAGGUGGCAAUCUGGAGGAGUGUCCCUGGCGCAGUUCAUUCCCGCGGUUGAGGAAUCUCGCCGGCGGCCGAGCCCGCGUGAUCAGGCUUACGCAGCUUUCUUGGAUGCCAUCUUGUCCUUGGGCCUUCUUCAGGACAGCAUGCAGUGGGGCGGGAACUUUCGCCAGCGUGCGGGCGCGAUGGGCCGAAGUGACUGUUUUCGGAGGUCACCAGAGUCCAGAGUCGCAAAGGCCGACCUGGCCUUUCUUCAGACUGCGGAAGCAGAGCUGACCGCGGUCUCAGAUCGAAUGCUGGUUCUUGCAUGUACGCUGAUCUGGCUCUUGAGCGAUUACCUGGUUCAGCGGCUCUGUCCAUUCCCUCCGGCGCCGGAGGCAGACAAACUUUAUCUUCGAGACGAGCUGCACGAGGCGAGUCUGUUUCUCUGCGUCGCAUUCUCGCUUGCGGUCGCUGGAACUCGCGGAGCGGCCAUGCCUUUGCUUUGGCUGUCGAGUCUUCUCACUGUGGGUUGGCUUUGCGAGCAGCAUUUGGAGCAUUCGACCUGCAUUACGCAGGUCGGCAAGCCCUUGAUUGCUUGUGUUCGAGGUGUGUUGGUGACUUUGCUCCUUUGGGCGCUGUACCUUGCAUGUCGAUGUUGCGGCUGUUGCGGUUCAGGCAUCUCGGCGGGAUCUACAAAGAAGAAGUCCACGGAUGGCGAACUGGGAAGUCACAAGGACUGGACAGUUCGUAUGAUCGACGGCCUUGAGGUUGAUAUCGAGGAGCCUGACUUGUACAUUCCAACCAUGGGCUUCGUCACUUACGUGGUGCUUUACGGUGUGGUCCGGGGCAUCCAGGAGACGUUUGCUCCGGAAGUGCUCUCUGCGACUAUCAGCUCGGCCUUGGUUAUUCUUGUCGUUGAGAUGGCCUUGAUGAAAGGGGCCCUCUUCAUGGCAGGGGCUGUCAACACACCUACGCUGGACCUCUUGGCGCUGCUUGGGUACAAGUUUCUCUACCUGUCUCUGCAUCUUGGUGUCGGCCUCCUCUGUGGACAUGGCCGCAGACCGGCAGGCUUUUUUUAUGGCUUGCUGGUCGGUGGCCUGCACAUCAGCUGCGGCAUCGCACUUUGGCAGGCUUUGAGGCGUCUGGCUCGAUUGCAGCCAUCCCACGGUCAGGAAUGUGUCACAGACAUGCACCACAUGUGCAUCAAGGUGCUACCGAUCAUGCAAGCAGCUGUGUGCUGGCUGCUGCUCCCAUCUUGGCCGAAGGUGGUAAUUGUCAAUGCUCCUGAGGAGGUCACCAUCGCCAUCACCACAACUGCCGCAUCAGUGCUGAGCGGAAACUCGAGUGCCGUCUGA